CACACACACACACACACACCACGCCGCGAGUGAGUCCAGCGCGGUGUAGACGACUGUAAGCUUGACCAUGUAACGGAAGUUUGAAAGUAGUUUUACUGGUUGUUUUCUUUUUUUAAUCCCCCAAAUAUUUAUUAUACACGCGUGUCGUGGGUUUGUUCGUCUAGCAAUGGACGGGUUGAAAAGGCAGCGGUCGUGGCAUGAAGACUUCUCGAGGAACUUCUUGAAGCUGUUCUCGAAGAAUAAGUCACAAGAGCAAGACAAGGCAGAACCGGAGUGUGAAAACCGGGAGGAACUUGAGGAUGACGGUGCUCUCAGCCAGUCCAGUGAAGCAGACUCACCACUUACACCAAAACAUCAUCUGAACACGAGAUCACUAGCACAGACACUGGAGCACUCGGAGCCGGUCUGGACACUGGAGGAAGACGGUGUGUGUGAUCACGAGGACAGUGUUCAGGGAGAUGUGGAGAGCGACCCUCCUAACAUCACCCCCCCUGUAACUGAGCCCUGCUCUCCGCUGCCCCCUGUAGAUGGCUUCUUCCGGCGCUUGGGCAGCCUGUUUCUAUUCACUCGAGCUCAGACCGGUGAGGAGGACACACAGCAUACAGUAAAGAAAGAUGCAGAACCCGGUGCGGAAAAAGAACACACACAGCCACUGAAGCCUCAGGUGGUGUCUCACUGUACUGCAGAUCCAGAGGUUGAAGCCGAAAUUCAAACCGAGCAAGACAUACAAGACAAUCUUCUUCGUGAAGAGGCUUUGGCUGAAGAGGAUGGAAACGCAGCAUUAGAGAGCCUGUCUGCUAUUUUGGAAGAAGAGAACGAGCAAAAAGAACAGGAGCGGCAUCGUGCUCUGGCAUGCCCCCCAGUGGUAACCCAUGUGACGUAUCGUGGCCUUAGGAAGAUCAGAAAGAUGAGGAGAAAUCAGGAAGUGCGACUUCACUCCCCAAUCUCGGAGGGAGAGGAGGGGCGUUGCGAAGUUGAUCUGUGUCCGACUUCCUUGGAAGAAGCAGAAACAGAGCAAAACGAGGCAAACGGUCACGUCGUAACUACCCCAACAGAGAUUUAUACUGGACAGCCUAAACCGAAAAAAUCCUUGUAUUUAAACAACACUAGUUCUGAUUAUCAGUGCUCCGCUCCAGUGGACUCAUCCACUAUAAACUCUAACACUCUCAGUAAAACAGAGACAGAAGGAAUGCACAGCGCAUUGAACUCAAGUGCCUUACAGACAUAUACCAAGGCCAAAAUAAAUUCUUUAGACUUUGAUCCAACGGUAACUAGUAAGAUGUUUUGUGCUGAUGAAAAUAGUGCCUGUAGGUCUACUGUUUUAGAGGCAGUUAUUGUUGGUGAACCUCAUACCCAUAAGCUGGAGCCAUCUGAGUCUGAAUCUGUACCUUUGACAAUGGAAUCAGACCUUGAGACCCGUUUACAUUCACAGUCACUCCAUACUGAUGAUCGGAUGUUUCCUCUUUUAGCUAAAACCCCAAAUACUCCACAAUUGCAACUGUCCAACACUGAUACUGCCACAAAUCUAAACACACAUUCUGCUGAAUUUAACACUGCCUCCGACUUUCACACAGACUUGAUUAGUUUGAAACAUGCUCCUGAUUCCUGCCCAGACAGCCAGCUGUCUAGUUCUGGCCUAGAUGGAUGGGACCAUGAGGUAACCGAAGCCCCUGGGUUAUCAGCUACAGCAGACAUUUCGGGACAUGCUGCCUGGCAGACAGAGUUCAUCCUGGAGGAUGAAGACACACAGCUGCUGGGUGUAGAUGGAAAGAUGCUACAGCUUGAGUCCAAAAAGAUAGUGGACAAUAUUCUCACAAAUGCUCUGGCUGCCCUGGAGAGGAUUGACAUUUCUGAGCGAGAAAGUGAGACUCUAUCAAGAGAUAAUUUUAUGGAGAGUACAGAGAAUCUCAUCUUCAUGGGAGCAAAGGAGAACAUGGAUGCAGAUGCAAGCCUGGGCCAGGCAUUGAGGGAACAUUUACCUACUAAGGAUGAUGGGAAUCCCCAGUCGACCAUCCCAGAUGGAACUUUGGGCAGCAGGGUACAGGCAGAUGGUAGUCGGUCCACUCCCUCCUCAGGCUACGAGUCCAUUGCGGGCUCAGACACUGAUAUCCGGAACAGCGUGGCUAUUAGUACUGAUAUUACAUCCACGAGUGGAUUAUUCAGCAUGCAGGAACUCAGAGAGGAAGCAGUAAGUGGAUGUUGCCCAGAUGAGCUGGAGCUGUGUAUCGAGAGGAAUUCUACCUCUCAAUCUAAUAGACUGGACUCUCUGCAUCAUAAUACUUUAACGCCUGAAUUAAAACUUGAAGAGAAGGGAGGACUCCCCAGAACUAAGACAAACAAUGAACAAUUACCCCAGUACAUUCUUAGUGACAGCAAUAUAACAUCUGUACAGCUAGUCACAUCUGAAACUUUAUAUGAUGUAAAAAAUGGACAGGAACAAUGUGCUUUGGGUGAGUGUGUUUCUUUUUCACAGGAAAAUAAUGACACAGGGCUACAAUAUUCAGUCAAAGACAAUCUGGAAAGCAAUAAUCAUGGUCAUGCAUUGCAAUUGAACUCAGGUGAUGUAUCUACAAUCAAUAAUGCUACGGAAUCAAGCCAGGUAGAGGCCAUUAGUAAAAGCUUAUGUCAAGUUGGAGUAAGUAACCCAGAUCCAGAACAGUUUGCUGAAAAGAAUGUAUUUUCACUACAAGAUUCCUCUGAAAAUAAGGACAGGCCAAAUCUGUCGCCGUUCCAAAGCUAUGCAUUCGACAAACACAUAGAACCUCAUGUGGUCAGUUGUGACAGUUUUAACAAACCCAUAUUGGUUUCUCAGGAUACACAAAGUGGAGAUACACAAGAGCCAUCGAUCUGUGCAGGCACAGGAGAGUCAAGCUUAGACCCAGAUGUGGAAUCUUUACCAAAUGUGGUUGGGCAUGGACCACAAAGUGAGUUCCAGGAGGAGGAGAAGGUCUCUGCUGGUCCAUUGGGUAUCUGGUUGCUCAAUUCAGAACUAUCAGCUGAUUCGGGUGAUGGCAGUGAAUGUUUUAGGGCUGUCAAAGUCACUGUUAAUGAUGACCAGAUUCAGGAACAUGAUACACUAAAGCCAGAUCCCUCAACAGGACUAAGCCGAGACAAGACAGCAAGCAGGUUGGCAAUCUUUCCUGGUUCAGCUAGACCUCAUCUCGACCUCCCUGGCACCUUUGCAAUUAUCAGCGAGGAGGAGGAGGCUGACACGGUGUUUGUGAAUGACACAGGGCGUUUGCUUAGUCCGAGUACCAGGCGAGUCAAGAUAUAUCCCUUUUCGCUUUCCCCAAUAUACGAAGAAGACAGUGGAAGAGAAGUCAUCUCACGAGAUGAUCUGCUGCAUGUGCCACCGGCCACAGAGGAGGAGCAGCGUAGUGAGGAACAGCAAGCUUCCUCCAUCCUGUCACUCCUGCAGUCUGUCAGCGAGAAGUUGCAAUCAUCCACCUUUAGUAGCUCUGAGACAGAGCAGGAUAUGGUUGACAAGCCAGAUGAACCGGAAUGCCCACAACGUUUUCUCAGGCCCCUCUGGGAACGCUAUGAUGAUGAUGAUGAUGAUGAUGAUGAUGAUGAUGAUGCUGCGAUUGGUGGAGAGUCAAGCUUGCUGCUACACCAACAGCUCACAGGAACAAAUUUCCUCAGUACAGAACCUCAAAAAAAUGAAAGUUCUCCUAACAGCCUUAGUUCACAGCAGACAACCAGUGAAACAGAGAAUGGAGAUUUGGGGGGAAAGCAUUGUGAAACCACUCAGAACAGUUCUGCAAGGUCUGUCAAUACACCAUUUUAUCAGUAUUUGAAAUCCAAUGUAGUGUCAUCACUUGCCACAGAGACACAAGAGAGUAAAACUUCUCCUUAUGAUGAAAGUUCAACCUCUACUGCUGGGAUAGAGUUUGGAGGGUUUGGGAAAGUCAGUCUACGUCCAACUUUGCUGCACAUCUACGAGGGUCUGUCACCAUGUGGGAAAAAGAUUGAGAUCUGUGGGGACGUGGAGGAUGCAGACGGAAUUUUGUUUCCACAAGAAUCCACAAUCCAGGCCCAGAGAGGGUGCUGGUUACUGUAUGUGGAGCGAAGAUACCAGGGUUCAUGCAUCCUGCUUGAGGAGGGACAAACUAUACAAUCAAGUGGAGAGACUAGAGAGAUCAAACCCUCUGCUCCUGCCCCAUUGUCUGUUGGCUCCAUCAGGAGAGCAGUGAAGGAUGACACCUUUCCAGAGAUUCAUAUUAAUAUAUCGGGUAGUAUGAAGAAAGAGCCAGUUUGUCUCCACUCUGAAGCUGACAACAUAGGCACACACGUCCACCUCUCUGAUCUCAGUGUGUCCUCUGGAUGCUGGGUGGCCUAUGAUGGAGCUGGAUUCACUGGAAAUCUCACAGUUUUGGAAGCUGGAGGCCUGACCACACCCGUUCUGCAGUUUUCUCCCAUCUCCUGUGUGCGGUCACUACGUCCACUGAGAAUGGGAGGUCUGAGAGUACGAAGACCUCUGGAUCCAAAGAUGGUGAUGUAUGAGAAGCCACUCUUUCAGGGUCAGAGUAAGGAGCUACUGGAGAACACACCCAGCCUAGAAACUGCAGAGGGAGUACUUCAUGUCUCCUCUCUUCGAGUCACUGGAGGAGUGUGGGUGGGCUAUUCGUCUGAGAACUACAGAGGGCAGCAAUGUCUACUGGAAGAGGGCGAGUACAGCGACUGUAGUACACUCUUCAGUGGACCAGGAAAUGUUCUAAGGUCUUGCCGCUUCCUUCAAGCUGAUUUCAUUGAGCCUGCAGUGUCGCUUAAUAACUGUGGAGAGCAGGUCGAGCUUGUGGACCAGGAUGCAGCAGACCUGCAGCAGAGUGGGUCGGUGAAUGAUGCAAACACCAUCUAUGUUAAAAGUGGAGUGUGGGUAGCCUACAGCGGCAAAUAUUUCACAGGAGAACAGUGUAUACUUGAGAAGGGCUGUUACUCUGGAUCAUUAGAUUGGGGUGGCAUUAAGAGUUCACCUAUCUCUAUUAGGCCUGUACGGAGGGAGCUUUGUGGAGAAAGGGAUCCAAAAUUCAUGCUGUGUGCCUACAGCAAACCAUGCUUUGUAGGAGAGAGCAGAGAAUUUGACAACGCGGUGGCAGACUGUGGCAUGUUAAAUCCUAUGUCAUUUCGAUUAAUUCAGGGCAGGUGGUUGCUGUAUGAUGAAAGGGGUUUCUGUGGUAACCAGUUUGUCCUUGAAGAGGGCCUUUAUCCAGACCUCACCUCCUUUGGCUGCAUGGCAACAGGCGUUAAAUCCUUUAAACCCAUUCAAUAUAGUUUCUCUGAACCCUCCAUCAGUCUUUUUUCACUGAGCUCAUUCGAGGGGUUGGAGACUGUGACAGAUUUACCCAUGGAGACCAUGAGCAACUUCUUUACUCAGUCUCUUAAAGUCAACAGUGGCCUGUGGGUGCUGUAUGAAUUCAGCCAGUUUAAGGGCCGGCAGCUGCUACUAGAGCCUGGUGAGAUUCAAUGUUGGUGUGAUUACAGUGGCUGGGACACCAUCGGAUCCCUCCACCCACUUAGACAGCGACGGGUGUAUGUACGGGUGCAGAAUCGAGCUCUGGGGAUGGCACUGACUUUAGAAAGUACCGGAGGACGCCCAUGUCCAGCCCGAAUCUCACUGCAUCCUGCUGAACACUCACUACACACACAGCACUGGAUGUACACACAGUCUCAGCUCAAGAGCAAGGUAGGAAAAGGCUGCAUGUCUGUGAUUGGUGGAAAGGCCUGUGUGGGUGCCAGAGUGGCUUUGUGGGAAGAGCAUGGGCGACUGAAUCAAAGGUGGAGUUUAAAUGAAAAUGGGACGAUCUCCUCUCAUUUGAACCCCAGCCUAGUCCUGGAUCAGAGAGGUGGAAGUGGAAUAGACAAGGACCAUCUGAUCCUGAAUGAGUUCAGUCCUGAUAGAGCCACACAAUUCUGGGACAUAGAGGUGCUUUAGUGCUGAGGUCAGAAAUCAAAUUCCCUGAAACAUGCUGGACAGUUUUAUAUGAAACUGCACUGCCUCCACACAGCUAAAAAGGAACUGGCUAAAAGAACCACUGUUCCUCAAAACCUUCUCCUAAGGAGCCUCAUUCUGCAUUUUGACCCAAACACACCAACUUGUUCAACCCAUUGGGUGACGUUGAGGCAGUUUAUGAGCAAAAUCAAUCAUUUGAUACAGAUUUGAUGGAGCAAAUAAGGAUAAAUCUAAAACUGAAGGCUGUCUUUUAUGUUAAGGCUUGGAACAAAACCAGAGGCUCAAACUGGACGAGGAGGAAAGCCUGUUUUAUCAAGUUUUUCUCAUUUUUAAUACUCAACAACCAAAACCAUCUGCAUAAUUCCGUGACUAUUCAAUGGCCGAGGAGGUAGAGGAUAAAAGGGGCUGUUUGCAGUUCCUGUUUGAGGCAAUAUAAACAGUCUAAUUUAUGCUUGCUGAUUUUUCCUUCUCCAAAGCACAUUUGCACUACCAAGAUCCUCACUUGAACAGGAGUGUUCCCUCUCGUAAGUUUAGUAUGUUCCUUUUGCGCGAAACGAUGUCCUCUUUCAACCAUGAAUGAUGUCAAGCUCCCUUUACUCAGAAAAACACAGGCCAAGAGCAAGUGCUUACUUCUGUUAGCCAGGCUAUGUACAGAUAAUUAAUUAAAGCUGGUCAAAAUCACUGGAUUUAUCACUGAACACUAAGUGUAUGAUAUUCAGGAAGAGAUGUAUGUAUUGAAUGCCAUGUGCAAAGGAAAUAAUAUGUACAGUUAAUAAGUGCAUUGUUUUUAAAUGUUAUUAAUAUUAAAGAUAUAUUACAUU